AUGAAAGUUCCGUACUUCUCUAUAAUACGCAAAGCAGGAAUCAGACAGAAGAGUUUGACUGCAUCUUCUAUAGAUGCGACUAUCUGCUGGAAUGGGCACCGAUGGAGUUUCGAUGAACUAUUAAAGAACGAAAUAUCACCAUGGGAUAUACUGUCCUGGAGUUCAAGUGUAGAGAAGGCGGCUGAUUAUGCUCGUGUUUUUUACAAUCGUUCCGAGAUAUUCGAAGAAGAUUCGUUUUUAUGCAAUUGCACCGAAGGGUUUUUUGGAAGAUGGUGCGAAUAUACUCUGCUGUUUGAUUCGUCAUUAUUUAGUAAGGCUUUGAAAACACUGUUUCAUGCGCACACAAAUUCACAAGAACGUCAAAACUGGGGUAAAAUUGUAUGUUAUCUGACUAUACCAUGUAAUUAUGGAAAGUUAUGUCUUGAUUGGAGAAAUAUUUGUGAUGGUCAACAGAAUUGCCUGAAUGGCAUUGAUGAAGAUAAUUGCGAUUUAUUAGAAUUUAAUGAAUGUGAAGCCGAUGAGUAUCGAUGUACAGAUGGCAUGUGUAUUGCAGAAGAAUAUUGGAUUGAUGGUAUGUUGGAUCAUCUUGAGGGGGACUGUGUGACAAGACCAUUAGCUGUCUUUUGUGAUGAUCUAAAGUGUCCUGCAGGUACUUGGUCGUGUGGAGAUGGUGAAUGCAUUUUGCACUUCAAUCGAUACAUAUAUCAAACAGCAGUUUCCAGAACAGAAGGUUGUUUCAAUAUGCGAGAAUGCAAUCAUAUGUGUGAAUUAGAUACGAAGGUUUUGUUAUGGUCAAAGCCAGAUGGUCUUUGCGUGCCAUUUGGCUACACUGAUACUUCUUUGAGCUUUUCUUCUAAUAUAAAUGUAUGUGUAUUCUUGAUUCGAUGUGCAUUUUCCAAAGGUGCUGAAAUCAGAUGUCCAUGCAACGGAACAAAUUGUGAUAAAGUAAUUAAACAAUUUUGUGGAUUUGAAGGCUGGUUUCCUUAUCCACAACCAUCUAUUAUCCGUCCAUGGUUUUGUACAAAACAAUUUCGGUGUCGAACUGGACAGUGUAUAUCGAAAGACUGGGUUUGUGAUAGAGAAUGGGAUUGUUCGGAUGCUAGUGACGAAUUUGGAUUGCCGGAAAAAUGGACUGAAAAUUACAAAACAUUACCAUUUCGAGAUUUCUGUGAUUUUGACUCUGAAUAUCCAUGCUAUCGUGCAUCAGUGCCUAACCCACUAAAUAUUACCGUGUAUAGUCCGUGUAUCAAUGUAACUCAAAUUGGAGAUGGUAUCAUCGAUUGUUAUGAAGGUCUUGAUGAAAAGAAUACGUUGGAGGAUUGCGCAGGAAAUAUGCUUGGAUUUACAUUACGCUGCGAAAAAGGAUGUGAUGAUAACGUUCACAGAUGUGCAAGUAACCGGGCGUGCAGUGCGUCCUUACUCUGUACUUCCCGAGGUGCAAAUUCCUCCUGGUGUGGUAAAGCGCAAGAUUUCAUUUGUUUAAACGGAAGCUGUGUCGAAAAUGCUCGUUGUGACGGUACAUACCAGUGUCCUUAUGGAGAAGAUGAACAUUGGUGUACCGUAUCUCAUUCCUAUUAUGAUAAUGUUAUGUAUCGAAGUUCGAAAUACAUAACUCGAAAUCAAAUAAAUCGUGAUCCUAAUAUACCAUUUUGUCCACAAAAAACGCCUCUUGGUAUAAGAAAAAACCAGCAUACAUUAACAUCUAAACAGACUCAUUCAGAACGAAUACAAGCGAAAACAUCAUCACUGAGCAGUUCACCACAAUUCGUAUACUCGUGUAAUCAAGGUUUUCCAUUGUAUAUCCCUAGUGAAAACUAUUAUAGGUGUGCUUGUCCGCCAACAUAUUACGGAACUUACUGUGAAUAUUUCGCUGAUUGUAUUUCAAUCAUUACUCAUUUGGAUUUAAAUACUCUUCCACCAUCACUGCAAUCAAAUUUACUGACCGUAGCCGUUUAUUUCGACUUUUCAAGCACUGUCAUUGAUCACCAUCUUUUCCAUGUUAAUCCUUCCUUGGAAAUGGGAAAUCCUAAUAGACAUCGAUUUCACCUAAUCUAUUCUCGAUCGAAUAAGUUUAUGAAGCAUAAACAACAGCGAUAUUCUAAUCGAGCAGAUAUAAUCAAUCAUCAUCCCUAUUCCAAUGUCACACAUGAUCCAUGUGCAAACAACACAUGCAAUUCAAAAUCAAUCUGUCGGCCGACAUUCCGCGGUAUUAUUGAUAAUGCUAACUACCCUCUUUGUAUUUGUCCAUUAGGACAUUUUGGUCCUCGUUGCUACUUGAAAAAUGAGGCUUGUAAGACUAAUCCGUGCGGACUAAAUUCAACUUGUUAUCCGUCGUAUGACCCUAGUGGAGAAAAACCUUUUAUUUGUAAAUGUGCCAAUCAAUUUUAUGGAGAUCAAUGCCAAUAUGAAAAACUUCAAAUUCAAAUUCGAAUCAAUAUGACAGCAGCAGCAACGGCCAGUAGCGUACAAUUUUACGGCAAAGUUAUGCGACUCAACGCAUUAUACUUAUUUCAUCAACAAAUAAUGCAUGGUGUGCCGAACAUAAUUCAUUAUAAUCAUGACCAGCAGGAUGCACCCGGCCUAGGAGUCUUGAAAAUCUAUCAAAAAUUAUCCGAUGCAAAAUAUUUUUUACCCUAUAUGCAACCAUCUAAUCAACCUAUAAAGCAGACUGUAACAAAGUAA